AUGAGUGACAAUUGAAGUUCCUUGUGGGUUUGAUGAAGGAGAAUAGAGCAGUGCUGCGCGGCAAAAAGGGAUGAAGACAGACAAGAGAUAGGAAAAUGCAGCAGAGUCAAAGUCAGAAUUGGCGGGGAGGUAAAAAGCGCAUAUCUUUUAGCAGCAAAAAGAGUAAAAAUGGCGAUUGGAAGAAAAAGAUCAUAUAAAAAGGAUGCGUAA